AUGUCUCAAUGCGGCCUCAUCCUCUGUUUGCCCUAUACAAGAAGUGCUUCACUAGCGGCACUCAGAAUGCUAUCAUCAUCAACCGCCUUUUCACCAAACCCUAAUCUUCCCAUUAAUUCACUCCAUUGCACCAUGAAAGCAACAUCUGAACUACCUACAAAACCCCCUAACUUUCCUUUCUUUUCUAAUCCUAAGAUUACUAUAACCAAUUUACCGCAAAACCUUGCACCCUCUAACUGUUUCUCUGCAACAAAUCCUGUUCCCAUUCUGAAGGCUAAUGCAUCGAGGAACGAGGAGGUUGAAGGUAGCGUUUUGAGCUCCGAAUCACAACUUGUGGUGGUUUCUUUCUACAAAUUUGCUGAUUUUCCUGACCAUGCUGAUUUGAGGAAACCAUUGAAGGAACUUUGUGAAAAACUGCGUGUUUCAGGUGGUAUUAUUCUUGCACCUGAAGGAAUCAAUGGCAGCAUAUGCGGAAGACGGGAUUCAGUGGAAACUGUUCUUGCAUUCAUUCAAAGUGAUGAGCGUCUGAAGGGGCUUAGAUUGAUCGAGUCACCAGUGAGCCCGGAGGAAGAGGCUCUUCAUCAUGGACAUAUGAGCAGCUCUCCUCUUGCAGCGGGUGAGGAUGCUCCCUUUAGGUGGGAUCACGUGAGGGUGAAGCUCAAAAAAGAGAUAGUUACACUUGGAAUGCCUUCUGUUUCACCAAUUGAGAGAGUUGGCAAGUACAUUAAACCGACAGAGUGGAAUGCAUUGAUUAGUGAUCCAGAUGUUGUUGUGAUCGAUGUUCGCAAUGACUAUGAAAUUAGAGUUGGGAAGUUCAAGGGGGCAGUUGAUCCUUGUACCACAGCAUUCCGGGAUUUUCCAUCAUGGGUGGAGGAUCGUUUUAAACUUGCUGAUUCAGGAGACAAGUCGGAGUCAUCUGGUUCUGCUGGAGCAUCAGACAAGCUGACGAAGGAAAAAGGAAACAAAAAGGUUCCCCGAGUUGCAAUGUACUGUACAGGUGGAAUUCGAUGCGAGAAAGCUUCAAGUUUUCUCCUCGCCAAAGGUUUUGAUGAGGUUUAUCAUCUAGAAGGUGGGAUUUUAAGGUACCUGGAGGAAGUUCCCAAGACAGAGAGCCUUUGGGAGGGGGAAUGCUUUGUAUUUGACAAACGAGUUUCCGUUGAGCAUGGUUUGGUACAAGGAACAUUCAAACUUUGCUAUGGAUGCAAGAAACCAGUGAGUGAUGCUGAUAUGGAAUCCCCAGAAUGGGAGUAUGCCGUCUCUUGUCCCUAUUGCUUUGCAUCAAAAUCUGAGGAAGAAAAGGAAAGGGCAAGAGCUCGACAAAGCCAGUUCGAGAGAUGGGGUAUCAUUGGUGGUCCAGACAAGGGCCGCAGACCACCAAAGACGGUGGAUACCAACGUGAAUUCUGCUACUCAGAUGUCAAAAUCGUUAUAGUCAUGCUCGCGGCCUAAGAAUUGGACUUGAUUUGUACCAUUUUUCUCUUGGAGAGUGAGAUUUUACGUCUUAUGUAGGAACUAAAGUUUAAAAGUAACAUUUCUAUGAAUGGCAGUUACUGUUUUGAAAAUAAAUAAAGGUCACUAGUAGGGGUAUGCAUGA